AUGGCCGGAUGCGUGAGUUGGGCAAGACUCUGCAUCAACGUGGCAACCGCCUUGACCAGACCGCAGGUGAACCGGUACCUGGAACCCAGUUUCCCCGAUAGUUUGGACCUGCUCUCUGAGCGUGACCUCAAGCGGUAUCGCAUGCAGAGGCGCCUGAUAGGUCCACUAUAUAACAUCACCAAUCUGAAGCGCUACGAGGCAGCCAUCGACGGCGUAAUCGACAAGAGCAUUGCCCAGAUUCGGUCGCUAGGCAGCGCCCCAGUCGACCUCAAGGAAUGGAUGCACAUUAUCACUGUCGAAUGUCUCGGUGCAGUAGUCCUCUCCUGGUCACCUGGUCUGUUGAAACAGAAGUCGGAUGGUGGCUCCGGUGCUCAUAGUUAUCUCGGAUGGAGGAAGAAAAGCGUUUUCGGGCUCUUUCCACUUAUCGUCCUUCUCGAAUGCCUUUGGAAAUCGGUUGGGAGAGCGUUUGCUGUCUGCUGGGGGAUUACCUACCAGGCGCCUAAGAACUUCAAGCCCUUCUUCACAGGAGUUCACAGACAAACAAAACGAAGACUAGCACGCGUCGCGAAAGGCGAAUCUGCGAGGACUCAUCAGGAUCUCUUGGCCGAUCUCAUCAGCCUUCAUGAGUCGCGACCUGAAUUUAACGAAGAGUAUCUGAAGCGAAUGGCGGUUACCAAUUUUGGAGCAGGACACGAAACCAUGACAUCCACCUUGACUUCGGUCAUUUCAAUGGUCUGCUCAAAUCCCGAUAGCCUGCGCCGUGUUGUCGAGGAGAUCAGAAGCGCGGAAAACCCUCGACGGUACGACGCCAGAACCGACCUCACCUACGUUCAAGCAAGCAUAAAAGAGGCUCAACGCCUGUUCCCCGUCAUCGGCAUGUCUCUCCCACGCAAGGUCCCCGUGCAGGGUCUCAAUGUCCACGGUUAUUACUUUCCUCCGGGGACGACGGUUGGCUGUUGUCCGACUUCCCUGCACAGAAACGCGGAUAUCUUCGGCCCAGAUGCCGACGAGUUUCUCCCCAUGCGCUGGCUGGAAAGGGAUAACAUCAGGGACAUGGAAAAAUAUAAUUUGAUCUAUGGAGGCGGUUCGCGGACAUGCCCCGGAAGGCAGCUCGCCGAGCUAGUAGUCACCAAGGUCAUCGUGGCUCUCUUUAACGAGUUCGACAUUAGAGUAGACGUUCCUCAAGAGGAUAAGAUGCCCGUUUAUUUCAUGGCCAUGAUGAGCGGCGUCAAAGCCAACUUUUCCCCGAAGCAGGCCUCCUAA